AUGAAGCCCCAGAUUCACUUGCGGAGUGCCUUGAAGCUGGUGAACAGCCUGUCUAUAUUGGAUUUGAUAGCCUUAACCAGAGAAAUAACUGGACAGAGAGGCGUCAUCAACCGAGGCUGGGGUGGCCUUGGUAAUUUGGCAGAACCAAGUGAUUCUGUGUAUUUAGUGGACAAUUGGCCCCAUGAUUGGCUAUUCCAACGAUGCUCUGCUGUGGUGCAUCAUGGGGGUGUUGGCACAACUGCUGCUGGUCUGAAAGCUGCGUGUCCAACCACAAUUGUACCAUUCUUUGGGGACCAGCCAUUUUGGGGGGAGAUGGUGCAUGCCAGAGGAGUAGGUCCUGCACCCGUUCCAGCUGAUGAAUUCUCGCUUGAAAAGUUGGUCGAUGCCAUACGCUUCAUGUUAGAUCCAAAGAUGAUCCAAGGCAGUUUCUUAGUAUGCCAGAAGAAGCCCAGCGGAUGGUUCUUUAACUUGAGGCACAGCUUGCAGUUUGGCAUUGGAUUACACCAUGCCGGUCUGAAUGACAAAGAUAGAUCUCUGGUUGAGGAGCUUUUUGCAAACAACAAGAUUCAGGCAUUUCUGUUUUACCUCAGGUAUAGCCGUGAGUCUCAAGUAUCAGUGGGAGCUGCCUUCGGGGUAGGCCAGUCCACAGUUUCUCAGGUGACUUGGAGAUUCAUUGAAGCAUUGGAAGAACGUGCCAAGCACCAUCUCAAGUGGCCUGAUUCCAACAGAACGGAAGAAAUAAAGUCCAAACUUGAAGAAGCCUUUGGAUUGCCCAAUUGUUGUGGAGCCAUAAAUGGUACACACAUCAUUAUGACCCUUCCUACCGUUCAAACAUCAGACGAUUGGCGUGACCUGGAGGACAACUACAGCAUGCUCUUGCUCUCUUAG